AUGACGACCGCCUCUCGCGCGAGCGAGGCGCAGCCUCUGCUGAGGCGCGAGAGACCGUCCGCCGCGGCGCGCGCCACGCGCGCGUCGCUCGUCGCCGUCGCGAUCGCGGCCGUCCUCGCGGCCGUCGCCGUCGCCGGAGUGUCCUCUCGCUUCAAUAAUGUCCUCGCGUCUUCAAGCUUGGGAUCGCUCGACGCCGCCCUCGGCGACGCGGGCGCGCCCGCGCGAUCGCUCCACGUCGGCGCGCGCGGGCACUCGCGCUUCCACGCCGCGCGCCUGGGAGAAGAGGACGCCGAGCCCAUCAUCCCGCGCGCGUCCGCGCCCGAGCCCGCGGACGACCCGGACUCGGACGACGACGCGCGCGCGAUGGGCGGAUUCCGCGCGACCGCGCUCGACCCCGCGCGGUUCGACGCGUUUAAAGAAGGCGUGUCGAAGUCGUUUCACGCGUACCUCACCGACGCGUCGUGCGCGGCGGACGACGACGCGAAGCGCUGGCUCGACGACGGCUUCGACGCGACGCUGACGCGCGCGCGACGCUCCGACGACGACCCGACCGCGACGCGGUUCGAGUUGUUGAUGGACGUCACCAAGCCCGGACCUCACGUCGCCGUCUUCGUGACGGGCGCGGACGGCUCGCCGCCGGACGAGCUCGUGUCGAUGCAGCCCGGCGCCGGCGUGAUGCCCGCGUCGACGUCAAACGCGACGUACGACGUCUCCUUCUUCCCUCCGCGCGCGGAGAUCCCUGACCCGGAUGGAUCGGUCAUCGAAGUGCUGCACGCCGUCGGCACUCCCGACGACGAGUGCUACCACAUCCUGCCCGACGGCUCGAAAUCUGGAACGAUGCCGUGCCCCCCCGCGGAUUCGAUGGACUCCAUGCCGGGCUCCACGAUGGACUCCAUGCCGGGCUCCACGAUGGACUCCAUGCCGGGCUCCACGAUGGACUCCAUGCCGGGCUCCACGGUGGACUGCGUUGUACCCCAUUGGUGCUCGACGUACCCCCCGGAGAUUGCAAAGGGUAAACCGGAAUGCCAGUGCCCGGAGUCCAUGCACCCCAUGCCGGGCUCCACGACUACCGAGCCGGAGGUCCCGACUACCGAGCCGGAGGUCGAGCCCGAGCCCGAGCCCGAGCCCGAGCCCGAGCCCGAGCCCGAGCCCGAGCCCGAGCCUGAGCCCGAGCCCGAGCCCGAGCCGGCGUCGACCGCGGAGGACGCGGCGGCGAAGCAGAAGGCUCUCGACGACGCCACGCCCGAGCCCGAGCCCGAGCCCGAGCCCGAGCCCGAGCCCGAGCCCGAGCCCGAGCCCGUGCCCGAGCCCGUGCCGGCGUCGACCGCGGAGGACGCGGCGGCGAAGCAGAAGGCUCUCGACGAUGCCACGGCGAAGGUGCGAAAGUACGCGAAGCUGCGAUCGGUGUUCCUCCGAGCGAUGAAAGCCGCGAAAGCCGCGCGCGGGCGCUUCUUCGGCGCUCGCAAGGAUUUCUUCCAAGCGGGCGGACCGAAGGAGUUCAAAGCCGCCAUCGCGGCGAAGAAAGCCGCGGAGGCUGCGAUGAAGACGUCCGCGGCGGCGGAGGCGAAGCUCGGGGCGCUGCACCUCGGCCACGCCAACGCGCGCGAACACGAAGCCGCGGUCGUCGGCGGAUGGAUUCGCGAGGGUAAGACGGGUCACGGCGUUCGUCGCGGCGGCGGCUUCACCGUCGACCCGAACGAGCACGAGUUCGUGUCCUACCUCGGCUCGAACGACACCACGCCGCUGCCGAGCGCGUGGCAAGUCGUGCCCGAAGAUGUCAUGACGCACUUCCCGGCGAGGAACCAAGGCGGGUGCGGCUCGUGCGGAUCCUUCGCCGCGUCCACGAUGCUCACGCUGAAGUACUGGAAAGAAGUGCACGAACGCGGGUUUGGCUACGAACACGACGGCGAAGUCUUGAUGCCCGUGCUCAGCGCGCAGGCGUUCACCGGGUGCGGCGAACAGAAGAAGCUUCCCCCGCUGAACGUCUUCAAUUUCGGUCAAGGCUGCUGCGGAUCUUCGACGCGGAUCUUCGAGUUCCCGAUGUAUUACGGCGUCCCGACCGAGGCGUGCGAUCCGUACACCGCGGGCGACAUCGGAGGCUGCCCGGCGUGCAUUCGCGCGAAGGGCAUCCAAGUUCGCGAUCCGGUGUGUCGCGCCGAGUGCCACCCCGACGCCGCGGCGAAGGGUCACACGCGCAGGGUCGUGAAAGCGAUUCAACACGAGCUCGGAGACACGUGGUUCUCCACCGGAGACACCGAAGGCAAAGCCGUGCGAAACUUCCGAGGCGAGGACAACAUCAUGCGCGCGAUGAAGCAAUACGGCGCGCUCGGAUGCUCCAUCUCGGUCCCGAAGUCGUUCACCGAUUACGGCGGCGACGGUUGGACGGACGAGGGCGUCUUCGUGGACGUUCCGAACAACCCGGAGGAUAAGGCGGGAUCGCACGCCAUCGCGUGCUACGGCUGGGGCACGACGCCGUCCGGGAUGAAGUACUGGAAGUGCUUGAACUCGUGGGGCACGUGGGGCGCGAGCGGCAGAGGCGAGUUUUGGAUCCAGCGCGGCGUCGACAAGCUAGGCCUCGAGAACAGCGACGAAAAAUACGGCUCGACUCUCAAGCCCGGGUACGAGUCGAUGACGCACCCGUCCGAGAAUCUGAUUCUUCACAACGGCGGAUGCUACGACGUCCAGAUCGACGUGAACGACGUGUUCACCCCCGGACACGUCGCGGGCCCGGAUCCCCCGUCGCCGCCCCCGCCCGCGGCGCCGCCGACGCCGUCGAAGAAGUUUUUCAAAGUCACCAAAGGGACGUGCGAAUCCAACGGGUACUCGAUCGUCACCGACAAGGAAGAGUGCGUCCUCGGCGCCAAGUCCGUGGGCAUGGACCUGUACAACGGCCGAGGCUGGAUCGACUUCGAUCCUCCGAUGUUCAAGGACAAGCCCGCGGGUUGCGUCGGAUACGGAACGGUGUUUCCGCAGCCAAACGGGUGGAAGUACUCGAUUCACGUCACGGAAGACCAGCGAGGCAACAUCACGGAGUGCGGAGGCGCGGGCAUCGAAGACACGAUAAAAACGGACAUCGAGUGCGUCUGCAAGGACGCGAGCGCUCCCCCGGACGCGGCGCCGCCCGCGCCGGUGGCGCCGCCGACCGCGGAGUCGUCCGGUUGCGUCGACGUCGUCGUGAAGACGAAGACGACCAACUACCACGCGGCGAAAAACAUGUACUGGUACGUGGACGACACGCCCGACAAGACGCACCACUCCGAUCACAUCGCCCCCGGCGCGAUCCUCCCCGCGGGCGUGGACUCGCUGCCGUUUUACGGUCCGGACACGACGUACGAACAGAAGAUGUGCCUCCAACCCGGGUUGCAUUCCAUCACGCUCGUGGAUCACUGGACCGGCGGCGGGUGGGAAGGCGGCACCGUGGAAGUCAUCGAAAAGAAUUCCGUCAUCAUGCAGCCGAUCACCGUUCUCCCCGCGAUUCGACACGAGUUCAAGUCGAAGGAGGACUGGCCGCACGUGGACUCGACCUCGAGAGGGCAGGCGAACGGCAACUUUGUCGUCGGCGCGCCGCAUCUGCCGCCGGCGAUGCCGGCGCCGCCGGCGCGGCCGUCGCUCGAGGCCGAGCAACCUUUCGUGAAGAUCGACACGAUGACGUGCGAAGCUCACGGAUUCAGCACCAUCACGACGCAGGAGAUGUGUCUGCGCGCCGCGAUACACGCGGGCGUCGACAUCGUGGGCAAGAACGCGCCGCCCAGGUACCAAGGCGGGUUCGAUCAGGCCUCUGACUGGACUAAUCUCGGCGCGUUUAAAGUCGCUCCCGCCGGGUGCAUCAUGUCCGGAACGUCGUCCAGCCGUAAGGCGUAUCCGAACUACGAGGACGUCACGUGGACGCUCAAGGUCGCGCCCGAGGCUCGCGGCGGCGGCGCGUGCGGCAGCGACGCGCACAUCAGCAAAGUCGACGGCAACUACCAGCGAAGCAUCUGGACGAGCGUGAACUGCAUGUGCGCGAACCACGAGUCGAACGAGUGGGAGAAUUAAAUACGAAUGAGAUGAUGAACGGAGUGAGACGACGUACUACAGGUUACAGUACGACGAAAGAGAUGAUGAACGGAGUGAGACGAUGUACAUAAGACGAAAGAGAUGAUGAACAGGGUGAGACGAUGUACAUACGACGAAAGAGACUGUGAAG